AUGGAAAGGCUGCACUCCUCCAUGCGUAAAAGGCUCUAUAGUUUGCCACAGCACAUUGGACAAAAAGCAUCUAUAAUGGGGGAAGGAGAAGACGCAGACAAGGACACCCGGAGGAAGAGUCUCAGGAUGAAGCCUCUUCUGUCACCGUCGCCGACCUCUGGAGGAAGCUGCAAAGGCAUCGGGGAGACCAAAAGUGGGGAGACUGUGAUCAUGGAGACGGACAUAGGGAGACCGAUGAAGACCAGCUCAAAUGGAGAUUGUCGGAGAUUUCGAGGCAGCCUCUCUUCCAUCACAAGUCGCCAUGUGCACGACUCUGACUCGGCGGAGGAGAGGCGCCUCAUCACCGAGGGGGAUGUCACCCCGAGCGAGGAGAGCCCCCCCGGAGCCAUCGGUGAUGGGCCGCCGGAUCAAGGCGCGCAAGGGGCCAGCGGUGGCGGUGGCGGCGGCGGUGGUGGUGGUGGUGGUGGUGGUGGUACGCAAAAAGAUUCACCAGAACAGCAGUCAGGGUUUAUAAAGUUGGAUGACAUUGAUCAAAUUCUGCCGGACGACGAGAGAUUAUUUCAAGCAGGGUUCAUGCACAGACAGUUAGGGGCAAUGCUUCAACCAGGGGUCAACAAGUUCUCCCUGAGGAUGUUUGGAAGUGAGAAGGCGGUGGAACGAGAACAAGAGCGGGUUAAAUCCGCCGGAUUUUGGAUAAUUCACCCAUACAGUGAUUUCAGGUUUUACUGGGACUUGACCAUGCUGCUGCUGAUGGUGGGCAACCUCAUCAUCAUCCCUGUGGGCAUCACGUUCUUCAAAGACGAGCACACGCCACCCUGGAUCGUGUUCAACGUGGUUUCCGACACCUUCUUCCUCAUGGACCUGGUCCUCAACUUCCGGACGGGCAUCGUCAAGGAGGACAACACAGAGAUCAUUCUAGAUCCGCAACAGAUCAAAAUCAAGUACUUGCGGAGUUGGUUUGUGGUGGACUUCAUCUCCUCCAUUCCUGUGGACUAUAUCUUCCUCAUCGUGGAGACGCGCAUCGAUUCUGAUUUCUACAAGACGGCGCGCGCCUUGCGGAUUGUCCGAUUCACAAAGAUCCUCAGCUUGCUGCGGCUCCUGCGACUCUCCAGACUCAUUCGCUACAUCCACCAAUGGGAAGAGAUCUUCCACAUGACCUAUGACCUCGCCAGCGCCAUGGUGAGGAUCGUCAACCUGAUCGGCAUGAUGCUGCUGCUGUGUCACUGGGACGGCUGCCUGCAGUUCCUGGUGCCCAUGCUGCAGGACUUCCCCGCCGACUGCUGGGUGUCCAAAAAUAAGAUGGUGAAUGACACAUGGGGACAGCAGUACUCCUACGCACUUUUCAAAGCUAUGAGCCACAUGCUGUGUAUUGGGUAUGGCAUGUACCCCCCGGUGGGCAUGACAGACGUGUGGCUGACCAUCCUCAGCAUGAUUGUGGGAGCUACCUGCUACGCCAUGUUUGUGGGACACGCCACCGCGCUGAUCCAAUCCCUAGACUCAUCUCGACGGCAGUACCAGGAGAAGUACAAACAAGUGGAGCAGUACAUGUCCUUCCACAAGCUGCCAGCCGAUAUGAGGCAGAGAAUCCACGACUACUACGAGCACCGGUACCAGGGAAAGAUGUUCGACGAGGAGAGCAUCCUGGGAGAGCUGAACGAGCCACUCCGAGAGGAAAUCAUCAACUUUAACUGUCGAAAGCUGGUGGCGUGCAUGCCUCUGUUUGCCAACGCCGACCCCAACUUUGUCACCUCCAUGCUAACCAAGCUGAAGUUCGAGGUGUUCCAGCCGGGGGAUUAUAUCAUCAGGGAGGGCACCAUCGGAAGAAAAAUGUACUUCAUACAGCAUGGGGUCGUCGGCGUACUAACCAAAGGCAAUAAAGAGACCAAGCUGUCAGAUGGCUCCUACUUUGGAGAGAUUUGUUUGCUGACGCUGGGCAGAAGGACAGCCAGUGUCCGAGCGGACACCUACUGUCGCCUGUACUCGCUGUCUGUGGACAACUUCAACGAGGUGCUGGAGGAGUAUCCCAUGAUGAGAAGGGCCUUUGAGACGGUUGCCGUGGACAGGCUGGACCGUAUUGGCAAGAAAAACUCCAUCCUGCAGCACAAGGUGCAACACGACCUCAAUUCUGGUGAACUCAACUACCAGGAGACUGAGAUCAUCCAGCAGAUAGUGCAGCAUGACAGGGACAUGGCCCACUGUGCCCACUUCUUCCAGAACGUCCCACCCCAGCCUCCUUCACCGACCCCGGUCAUCUGGGCCCCCCUCAUCCAGGCCCCUCUCCAGGCAGCAGCCGCCACCACCUCAGUAGCCAUUGCCCUUACUCACCAUCCCAACCUCCCACAAACUUUUUUCAGGCCUCCGGUUUCUCUUCUGGGGUCCUUAAAGGAUCCUCCAACCCGGUUUAAGAAGUUUCCAACUUUUGUUCCUCCAUCCACAGCACCUGGGUCUGCUGGGGACUCUCCUUGUAGCACACCCUCUAAACUGCACUCUGGGUCGGACAUGCCAUUGCUGGCCUCUUUUCGGGCCAUGCACCCGAUGUCAGGUACAGGGGCAACUGGCUCUAGCCAACAGGCCUCAGGUAGCGGAGACCAGCAUGGACCUAUUGUUACUGGCUCUGGGUCCAGUAGAGGAGGGGCCUCUGCCUUCCCAUUUGGACCAAACUUGUCCUCUGGUUCACCUUCAUCUAGUAUGGCCCAGCUACACCCACAGCCACAGCAUCAACAGCCGUUUCGCUCCAACACCCCACCACUCUCAAACCUCUUCCGCCAAGGAUCUACAGGUGGAAGCACAGGGUCAGGAAUAAGUGGAGGAGCAGUUGGACCCUGUGCUGGAGCGACAGGGUGGUCUUCAGGUGGAGCUGUUGGUGGUUCUGUAGAAGGAGCAACAGGAGGAGACACUGCUUGGGCCGGAGAGGACUUUACAACAGGGCCACUCCCAGGGGCUCACUUUGGGUUGCGGAGAACUACUGGCAGAUUUGUAGUAGAGAUCUCAGGGGAAUCAUUUGGAGGGAUACCUCAAGGAUCAGUGGGUGCAGGGACAAUAGGAGAUAGAAGGAGAUCACUCGUAAGAGCUUCUGGGGGAUCAGUAGGAGGGUCUUCUGGGGAAUCACUGGAAGUAGCAACCACUGGAGGUUCCCUGCGAAGAGCUUCUGGUGAAUCAAUGGGAGCAAUUUCUUGGGCAUCCACAGUAAGGGAUACUGGGGGUGGACUUGCAGUGGUUUCAAGUGAUUCAAUUGGGAAUCCUGUAGGGACAUUGGGAAGGUCUUCUGGAGGAGCCACAAGUAGCCAUAUAGGAGGAGUUUUAAGUGGACCCGGGUUAGGGAUGAUAGGACAUAUUGGCCAAACAGCAGGAGGGGCAUUUGGGAGCUAUAUAGGCGGGUCUACAUCUUGUCCCAUAGGAGGGACUCAUGGUUCCUCUCGUUGUCAGAGUCCUAUAUCUACCGGCUCGUCCAGCCCAAUGCCUGGUCAGCCCCUCCAAAGCCAGCCCCCUCCCAAGCCUCCUCAGGUGGCUCCUUUGCAGCAGUUUGCAGGGGGAGGUAGGACUACCCCUGGCUUAAAUAUCUUCCAUUCCCCCACACAUGGCUCCCCAUCCUCAAGCAGAGGACAGUACACCCAGCAGCCUGUCGAGGGCCCCCCAUCUUCCCAUGGCCAUUUUAGCUUGGCAGGCCUCCAUUCUGGCCUACGUCCGCACCAGUUGUCCCUUGAGAGGUCUGCACUGGCCUCCCUUUGCCAGUAUGGUUCAGCCAACGCCUCCCCCUGCCUUACCCCUGUGGCGCCUAGCCCUACUAUUCAAAGCCCAGUGGCUGGCAGAACUUUCCACUACAGCGACCCCUCAAGUGCCACAGGAUCCCACAGUUCUCUACUCAUGCCUCAAUCUUCCCUCCCUUCACAGCCUCUAAGCCAGCCUCAUGCAACGGGGAGAGAUUCUCCGAUGGGACGUUUUUCCGAGGACCUCAAGCUUUUAUACAGUUCGCACCCGUCUCUGCCCCAGGAAGUGGCCCAGGCCCUAGGCCAUGUUACUCUUCCCACUUCUGUGGAGCCUGGAUAUUACCCCUCACCCUUUUCCUCACCAACUCUUGUGCCCAAACCCCGUAGCUCAGUGCCAGGGCGCAUGACUCCUCCAAUCCAGAUGUCUCCGGGGCACCCUCACCAGACUCUGUCCCCUGGGGCGUCCCCGGCCUUGCCUCUACGGAGGGCCUCUGCUGCCUACUCAUCAGAUCUAGAACCUCAAACUGUCCGCUCUAAACUCCCGUCCAAUUUGUGA